CUUUCCAGCAAGGGACACAGGCGACACAAAGUGACACAGUGUUGAACACAGUGCUUUCCAACAACUACACAACUUGACACAAGUAUACACAGUCUAAAAGCUGAGUUGAGCAAACACAUGGCUACCAACUAUUUUUUUUAAUUAAAAUUUUGAUGUGCUAUAAAAAUGUAGCAGCCCUGUUUAUUUUAGUUAUCACACGUAUAAGCAUAGCUGGGAAACGUAAAGGAAUAUUAAAAAUGUUUUUUUGCAAAUAUUGCAACGAGGAAAUUGAAUCUAUUGAAAACAGUCCGCAACAUGCAUGCUUUAUUAAUAAAGAUAUUUACUUAGAAAAUAAUAAUAUUUUAUGUACAAUUGAAGAGAACAAAGAUUUGCCUUGUGCAAUGCAACAUAAUAGUACAGAAGGUACAGAAAAUAUAGUUGUGAAAGAAGGAGAAAAAAAAACGCUUUCUAAUUCUCCCACAAUUAAACAACAUGCUGUUUGGACUAAAAAUGCAACAUUAGCAUUACUUGCUCUUUACGAAAUGAAACUAGAUAUGCUAGAUAGUCCUAAAACAAGAGGUAAAAUUUGGCAAGAAAUAGCCAAUGGUCUAUUGGAAUACAGUAUCGAGAUGACAAGCGAUCAAGUAAGGUGGAAAAUAAAUGCUUUAUUAAAAAAAUAUAAAGAAGUCAUUGAUAAUUAUUCAAAAUCUGGAAGAGGAAAUAUUGAAUUUGAAUGGUUUCAAGUUAUGGACGAUAUUUUUGGUAAAAAAAAGGAUGCAACAAAUCAAAACUAUACUGUGUCAAACAAAAUUUUAAAUACAAAAAUAGAGGAACCAUCAACUUCUCAACAACUUGAAAAAAAACGUUUCUUUGAAUCAUCACAUUUAUCGUCAACUAAUCAAUUAUUAAAAAAGAAAAGUUCUAAUAAAUCAUUGAAUAAAUUACGAGCAGAAGAUUCUGCAGAUAUAUCUCCACCAGUUAAUGUCACUGAUACUGAUUUAAAACAAAAAAACCGUCCAACACAUGGAACAUGUUCCAACAUUGCAAAAACUAAAAUUGAGUUAGAAAAGCAAUGGUUUGAACAUUUGGCUAUAAAAAAAGACCGUGAUCGCUUAAAAGAUGAAAAAUACUCAACAUUAAUUGAAAGCAAAAAAGAAGUGGUAAAAUUAAAAAGAAAGCAAUUUGCAUUAAAAGAAGAAGAACUUCAACAGCGACGCGAAAUUGCAGAAAAUAAAUUAAGAGAAAAAAAAAGAUUACAUGAUGGAAUGUUAGAAAUUGAAAAACAAAAAUUAAAAAUUUUAAAAAAAUAUUUAGACAAAGAAAAUGUGCAAAAUAUGUCAUCGGAAUCAGAUUAAAUAUUAAUACCCUACAUUUGUUUAAAUUUUGUUUUGUGUUUUAAUAUAUUAUUCAUUUUUUUGCAUUGUAACGUUUAUUUUUCAUUAUUACUCGAAA